AUGAAUAAAUGGGUAGAAAAGUGGUUAAAGAUUUAUUUAAAAAGCUAUAUCAAUUUGGUUUUAUUUUAUAGAAAUGUAUACCCGCCUCAGUCAUUCGACUUUACUACUUACCAGUCAUUCAACUUGCCGCAAUACAUUCCGGUUAAUAGACAUCCUGCUUUAAUUGAUUAUAUAGAGGAACUUAUACUAGACGUUCUGUCUAAAUUAACACACAUUUACAGAUUCUCUAUUUGCAUCAUUAAUAAACAGAAUGAUUUGUGUAUUGAAAAGUAUGUCCUAGAUUUCGGUGAACUGCAACAUGUAGAUAAAGAUGAUCAGAUCAUUACGGAAAGUGAAGUGUUUGAUGAAUUCCGAUCUUCCUUAAAUAGUUUGAUUUUGCAUCUGGAGAAACUACCUAAAAUCAAUGAUGACACAGUAACAUUUGAAGCAGUUAUUAACGCGAUCGAAUUGGAACUAGGACAUAAAUUGAACAGAACUAGGAAGAUCGAUAGUUUGGAAGAAAAACUAGAAGUUGAUAGAGAUUCAAACUGGGUCAAAUGUCAGGAAGAUGCGAAUUUACCAGAGGAAAAUGCUUUCCAACCCCCUAAAAUAAAAUUAUCAUCUUUAGUCGGUUGCGAUGUGGGGCCUUUGAUUAUUCAUCAGUUCAGUGAAAAAUUAAUCAGCGGUGGUAAUGACAAUAUCCUAAAUGGAGUAUAUUCGCAAUAUCAAGAGGAGGAGAGUAUUUUUGGAUCUUUGUUGUAA